GCCAAUCCCAGGCCUCAGAGCCCAGACUUUACACUGCGUAAUAACUGGAGUAGAGGAAGGCUGGCGCUGCCCAACACUUCUAAUCUGUUGCGUUCUACCAAGCAGCCAAUAAAGUUUUUCUGAAGAAGAAAAAAAAAUAAAGCACGUUUGUGUAUGUGACAUCGCGAUUGGUUGGUCGUUUUUGAAUGUCUCGGCGGCCGUUGUGUACAGUGAGUGCGACAGUCUCUCUGUGACUAUCAGUGUGAGCGGCGGUCUCUGUCAGUGUGAGUGACGGUCACAGAGUGAUGGAGGCGCCCCGGGUCCUCACAGCACAAGAAGAGCGUCAGCUAAAGCUACUCGAAUACCUUGCGGCUAAGGGGAAGCUGAAACCUCAAAAUAACUCAAAGCCGUAUUUAAAGGAUUGCACCAACCUACAAAAUAAAAGACCUCGACAGGUUUCCAGACAGAUUUGUGAGAAGAGAGAUGUUUUCCAUAAAGGCACACAAUUUGGUUUUCAAGAAAAUAAGAACAGAACUUCAAAAACUGCGUCCCUUCCAUAUAGAGCAAAAACAGGAAAAAUACCUGCCCAGCAAUCCAUCUUGGACAGUAGAUUUGGGAAUAAGACUUUAUCCAGAAUCCCUGUACCAUCUAAACUUGGUCUACCUAGAGCGAGACCUGACCAGCCGGAUCGUUCUGUAAAGACCAAAUCUAGGGACAUUGUAAAAAGUGUAGCAGGCAAGACAUUGUCUUCUGCAGCUCCAGAGUCCUGUGAGAAUGAGGCUGAAAGAUGUGAUGAGGCAGACGGCAGAUCAACAGUCAUUUUAUCCCUGAGUCGUCAUGUGGAGAAACAUGAAAUCUGUCCGAGAGAGAAGACCUCACUUUCUCAUAGAAGACCAGCUGCAUCGGGGGAUGUAACCACUAUUCGGUCCAAGUGUACCAUUAAAAGAGAGCAGAGGAUAUAUCAGGAUAGCAGAAAGUCUGUAACUAGAAACCUAUCUAACAGAGCUCCCACCCAACAACCAGUCCAUGAACCCAAGACCCAGCCAACCGCUGGUAAACCUAUACCUGUUGCCAGCACUGGGCAUAACCACAGAGUCUCUAUUGUCAAACAGCCGGCACCUAACAGGAGUGCAAUUGAAAGGAGUUUAAGAAUGAAAUCAUUGAGAACUGAUAGCUCACAUGUAAACCAACCAGCAAGUGUGCAUGCAGUUCAUGUGAAAGACAGCACUCAAAAUCCCACUUGCACUAGCAAACCCAAUUCCACUAUGCGGUCUGCUUCUUCAGCUGGUCCAGAACACAAAAAGAUGACCUAUGAUCCUGUGCCAAAAAUUAGACCGCGCAGUUUCAGUUAUACCUCCAUGAAAACAUCUGAUAGUCAACACCUGGUGAAUAAACAAGCAGUCGGACUAAAAAGCACGGGGUUGUCUGCCUGUACUAAAACACUGUUUAGACCCCUUGUUGAUGACUUUAAACAAACCAAUGAAAGAGAAAGAAAGCAAUGUGUAACUAAUAAUAUUGAAGAAGCCACUGCUUUCCCCAGACCAUCUAACCUGGCAGCCGGUGAUACCAACAUCACACCUCACACUCCUCGGAUGACUGCAGAUGAUCGCAAGAAGAAGCUCCAAGAGUGGUUAAUCUCAAAGGGUAAAACCUACAAGCGGCCACCCAUGACAUUGGCACCUAAACGGCCACCGACUGCACAGAAACAAGAGGCCUUUAACCACUCUUUGUGGGAUGGAAUAGAGGAAGAGGAGGAGCUGCUGUGUUUGGCCAAGAAAAUUAAUCAGACGCUGACUGAGUGUCUAGAACUCAUCGAGAAGGGUGUCUCAGGAGAGGACAUUCAUACUGCAUUGGAAAAAGUUCCUGAAGCAAAGAAGUUUGCAAAGUACUGGGUAUGUAAGGCCCGGCUCCUGGAGAGAGAGGACGUCUCUGAUGUUGCUGAGCUGUACAAGCAGGGAGUCCAGUGUGGGGCUAAGCCCAUUGAUGAGCUGAGAGAUACUGUCUUUGACAUCAUGAAGAAUACAAACAAGAAAACAAAAGUUGUCACGUUUGGGCCUCUGCCAAAUGAAGAUGUUUCAGUGGAGAAUGAACCAUGUGAGGACAAAGAUGUCCAAUGCUGUGGUAGCCCGUCAUGGUCAACCAUAAGACCUGUAGGGAAUGUGAGGACGCCCUGCACUGGAACAAGCACAUGUGACCAGGGCUCCGCAGUCAAGCUGCAGGUUGCAAGUCUGUCCAGCAAGAAAGAGAAGAAGAACGAUGGAAGUGGCCAGGGGUGGAAGAGGUUGACCCCAGUGCGGAGGUCAGUACGGAUCCAUCACUCAGCGUAUCAGUACCCAGAUGUGGUGCAGGAACAUGACCAUGUGGUGUCCUCUCUGGAUGAGCUCCUGGAAGUGGCUGACGCAGACACCUAUUUGUUCAUGAGAAAUGAUGCCCUGCCAGAGGGGGCAGAGCAUAUACUCGGAGUGAUAAGGCAGGACACCUCAGGGGGCCAAAAUGAGGAGCCCGUGUGAUGUGUUAUGCAGUUGCAUUACCUUGUGGAGCAAACCUAGCCGCACCUGUGUAUAUGGGAUCUGCAGGCCCUGUAUCUUCAGAACAGGUCAUCUGUAUUUCUGGUUGCCUUAACUAUGAAACAGCAGCACAAGCCAUAUCCUGGCAUAUCCUGGAGAUCUACCCCCAUCUGCUGGUGGCGUGGAUCAUGUGCACAGUGGUAUGAUGGUGCCAUGUCACAGCAAGGACUAUACAGUGCUAGAUAAAUGCCUGUAAAUACGCUAUAUGCUGCACCUAUAACUUGGUGUCUGCAUGAAUUACAUUACAGACCUACUUGUGCUGCCACUUUUGGCACAAGAGUGAGUAAGAUAUUGACGUACUUUGCACUUAUAAAGACUUUAUCCUUAUGUAGGGGGUAAGGUAGCUCUAUUAUUGUAUUACAUUGUAAAUGUCUACAUUCAGUAUUAUAAAUUGGACAUUUACAAACUGCGGUAUAUGUUUCCUGCAGGUAUAGGCAUUACUGCCCCCUCCAAGUAAGUAACAUUCAUGAAAUUAUUUUUUUAUUAAAUGCCAGAGUGAAAGGUUUUAAAAUAUUUAUUAGCAGUAUAAAACAAUAUGAACAAUACAUCCAAAUAAAGAUAAAUAUAGAAAUACAAAUAAUUCUAUAUAAUUCCAAAACGCACAGCAGAUGGACUGUAAACCCAGUCUCCUGUCCUCCACACCCUAUAAUUACUAUUAGACCUAUUGAGACAGCCCAUUAAGUAAAUCUCAUUCAUGGUGUGUAGUACCGUGUAGCAGCCAGCAUUUUGUGUAUCCUACUACUGUAUAAACAGGACUGCUCUGUCUUAAGGCACAGAGAUUCCCAUGUAUGCAGCACCCUCUACGGGCGAAGUGGAGACGGUACAACACAUGAAUGAAUGAAUUCUGCCCGUGCUCUGCUUUAACGGCAACAGCACACUUUCUACAUUGAGACAAGACAGCAAUGUUUAAUUACAUUUCUCUAUCGUCCUAGUGGAU